GACGCCAUGGACAUCGACUUGGCCAUUUCUACGACUGCCAGCGAUGUUCUGGUGCCUCCAGCCGCGGGCGCCACCGAAAACGACGACGACGAAGCAGACGUCAUCCAGAAGUUGCACAACUUGGAAGUUCUUCCCGAUCUCUUCAAUCUUCUCCACGACUUGGACUCGGGGGUGUUACUGGCACGAGACAUCGACAAGCAUUCAGGAAGUAUCCGUCUCAAAUUUGCCACCUUGAAGCAGUACUUGCAAGAGGUGGAAGGCAUCAACGAGACCAUUGGCGAACGAAAGGCGCGUAUAGAGGGUUUGUCGCGGAGCAACCAGCGCAAGUGUGAGUUCUUGGCCCGGGUAGGGUCCCGGGUGGAGCAG